AUGCUUCUACCGCCUCCUGCACCAUUUGACAAUGAUGAAGAGGAGGCUGUGCCCAUUGAUGAUGAUCAUGUUUUGGCCGAGGUUGUAUUGGCUCGUACAAGAGAGCGGUCAUACCCCGGUUAUCUAGACGAGCUUGCUGCACAUCUCAAUCAACCCCAGCUACCUAUGCUCACACGUCGAUUUCUGUAUGACCAGAUUCACCGACAUGACCCGGAUGCAGUAUCCAGUAACGUCGUUGAUCUGGAUGACUGCCCUAUUGUGGUCAGCAAAAUAUCUGUCUUCCACUCCGCCGUCGCCAUUUUCUAUGCACCCAGUGACAUUUCUGGUAUCCAUGGAAUGCGACGCGAGCGAAUACGGUCAACACCGUCAUGGCAUGGUCACCCUCGGAGAGACUGUGCUUUUGCAGUCGAAGACAACUCACAACCUGAUUUCAAGGGUAUGAGUGUCGCGGUGCAGAAGAGUAGUUGA